GCGAACAGCAAGGCCCCGGCAGUGACGGAAGCUGUGCAGCACUGCAAGAGGCUGGUCCUGUCAGAGAACCUGGCGCGCCUUGUUCUCCGAUCUGAGGCCGCUGUAAAUCAGUGGCGGCACGAAGUGCUGGAUCACAGGCACGACGGAUCGCUUGAUGCGGUGCAGGCCAUGGAGACACCGGAGAACUUCAGAUUGACGGAAAUCGCAGAAUGGGCGUGCAAAGCAGUUCCGGGCCUGAGGUCAACUUUGACCCGCCAGCAACUGCAGGUGGAAGGGCAGGUUUCUCACGACCUUUCUCGGCCAGACGCAGCAGCGGCAUACGCCAACCUUCUGGAGUCUGAGUUCGGCCAGUACACUGCUUUUUUGGCUGACUUGACCACGCGACAGACCGCCUCAGAGGAAGAGCUGAAGAAGCUUGCAGCUGAGGACAAGGAAGAACUUCGCCGCGUUGCAGAGGCGCAGCUGCUGGGCACCGUGUCAAAUGACUCGCAGGAGACUACCAACCAAAACAGCGUGCGCGGUGGCUGGUGCCGAAUGCACCACAUCGUGGUGGCUGACUUGCCUGUGAAGGUGAUGCCGCUGAUCACGGCCUAUGUCCGGCGCUUUGCUGCAGAGAGGUCGCUACCUCUAGACUCGGUGGCAACGCUUGUCCUGGGCGACUUCAGUGGUAAGCCCUUUGUCUCCAAGGAGACUCUCACGAGUCUGCAGUCCUUCGUGGCCAACUGU